AUGGCGGCGGCGCCGGGGCCCUUCGCGCUGGUGACCAGCUGCGCCGCCGGCUUCGCGGCCGAGGAGCUCGUCAAACGUAUCACAGGAAAAGAUGACCUUACUGUGGGUGCAACUACAAGUGGAAGAGUGAAUUUUUACCCCUGGACAAUAGAUAAUAAAUAUUAUUCUGCAGAUAUUCACCUCUGUGUAGUACCAAACACAUUUCUUGUUACCGGAGAUAUUGCUGAAUCUGUGCAAGCAUUUGUUGUGUACUUCGACAGCACAAUAAAAUCUGGACUUGAUAGUGUCUCUGAAUGGCUUCCCCUGACAGAAGAAUGGUUACCAGAAGUCAUGAUCCUGGUUUGUAACAGAGUAUCUGAAAAUGGUGUUAACAGACAGAAAGCUCAAGAAUGGUGCAUCAAGCAUGGCUUUGAACUGGUCGAACUUAGCCCUGAAGAACUGCCUGAUGAAGAUGAUGAUUUUCCAGAGUCCACCGGAGUGAAACGAAUUGUACAAGCUUUGAAUGCCAAUGUGUGGUCCAACGUAGUCAUGAAGAGCGACAGGACCCAGGGCUUUGGUCUUCUCAGUACGUUAGCAGGUGCGAACUGUAGCAUCGGGUCAGAAGAGAACCAAGAUACAGAAUCCAAUCCAUCGUCAGCAGACAGAGAAGAAUCCCAUUUAGACAACAGAGAAGAUGGAGCUAGCACAACCAACCUACAGAUUGACAGCAUUGUAGAUCCCAUGUUAGAUAUGGACAUUCAAGAGUUAGCCAGCCUAACCACGAGAGACGGUGACCUGGAGAACUUUGAAAGGCUGUUUUCAAAGCUGAAAGAAAUGAAAGAUAAAGCUGCAACGUUGCCUCAUGAACAAAGAAAACUACAUGCGGAAAAGGUGGCCAAAGCCUUCUGGAUGGCAAUUGGAGGAGACAGAGAUGAAAUUGAAGGUCUCUCCUCGGAUGAAGAAAACUAAGUUCUUCUGUAGCUGUAAGCGACAGAGCAAUCCAAAAAGAGUGAUCUCUGCCUGCAAUGAGUGUUUAUUGUGAAAAGCCCCAUUUAGCUUUAGUUGCUUUCUUUGGUUAAAGGAUUCUCCGUAUCAUUGUAGUAAGUAACACAUUCCACAGCACCUAAUGGUUAGAGCGGUUUUGUCUGACUGUUCGUUUAUGCGCUCUCAGAGAAUUUUGGAAGGCGAUGCAUGCAGUUAGAGGAAAUAAUAAUUAGUUUACAUUUUUCAAAUUAACAUUUUUAUCGUUUCCUCUUUUGAGUUUAAAUAAACAAAUUUACUACCAGUUAUCUUUCUGCAUAUGGCUGGUGGUUGUUAAGUGACUACUUAAUUCUAAACUCAACAUUUUAGAUGUAGGCCUGUUUGAUGUUUUUAUGUAGCUUUAUAGCUGACUUACUAGUUUAAACAAACCAGAUUUCUAUGAGCCAUGAAGAGAAAGUUGCUGAAUUGUGCCCUGUUGUGGGAUGCUCUGCCAAGGCCGCGAGGUUAAUCCUGCCGAGUGCCAAAGCUAUUAAAAAUGGCCCACAGGCUUUGAAUUCUGUUUGCCUGUGUAAGUACGCGGUCCUUCCCCGGAAAGUCAGGUGUUGUGCCACACUCCCUGGCUUUCCAUUAGAAACUAAAUUUGGGAUUAAAUGCAAGACAGAUUUUUGCUGCUGUUCCAGGGGUGAAGUUCCCUGCCCAAACCUUCUGCAAUGCUUGGCCCCCAAGGCCUAGCAGAAUGCACAGACCUUCUGCUGGUGAAUUCUGUCCUAAACACCUAAAGGGAAAAGCUAUGAUUUCAAGAACCGUACCCUGUCACCCGACGCAUUUAUUCCAGACUUCCGCUCCUGUACGUUCAUUAGAAGGCACCGGAGUACAAGUCUCAAGUUGCCGCUUCAUGGUGUCAAGGGUUAGAAAAAAUUCCGUUGUCCUUAGAUUGAGUACGUUGUCAUCAUCUGCACAGGCACACAGUCACAGGCUCACUGGAGAGUAUAAAUGUGCAAGGCACGAGGAAGACAAGAAGAAAGGCAUAGGCUGCUGAGGGGGGGAGAGGAGGAAGGGUAAAUGCCGUCCUGUCUCCUUUUCUGCUACAGUCAACUGUCUGAUAGUCAGCGGAUCAACGGAGAGCGGUAGCCAAGAGAAGCCCUGCUGCAGAAUCAGGCCUCCUCUAGGGCUGCUCUGGCAUACCCUGUGAAACAGCAUGUGUUUUCCCCAAGAGCAUUUCCUUACGGAUCUGAAAAUACGCCGUGUUAAGCAAUCGUAUUUAGAAAUUUUGAAAUUGACUUUUCCAGUGUCUGUUUUUUCGUGUCAAUAAAUUUUGUGAGUCUUGA